AUGGCCGCCCGCCGCGCCCUGAGCCCGCCCCGCGCCGCCGCCCUGCCGCCGGCCCUCGCGCCCGGGUACCGUGGGCAUGUCCCCAACACGGUGUUUUCCUUUGGCGAUACCUACGGGAACACCACUCUGAAAUACUUUCAGGAUUUCUGCAAUGCUGCCAUGGAGACCAGCCGCUGCCCCUACAGCAAAGGUGGCCAGUUCCCCACCCUCUUCUCGCCCGACCCUGGCUUAGUGCUGGGGUGCAGGGCACGGGGCUGGGACAGGUGGCUGCACGCCCCUUCCUAUUCCCACUUCAACUUGGAUUUCAACCGCUCCGAAGAGCUGAAGGAGUUUUACAAGCUUUCCCAGAGGCACCGCGAGCAUUACCGCAACAAAACCGGGACAGAGUAUGUGGUUCCCUACUUUGUGCUGCCAGUCAAGGAGAAGGACAAGUACCCCCACCCUCUUGAUCUCCCUAUUCAUGGCAUGUCUGCCCUGGAAGGGUCUUUGGAGAACUAAUGAAACGAGGACAUUGCACGACACCAGAGCCUGGAAAGUGAUCACCAGAGAUGGGACAGGAUUUUAGUCAGACUCUGCUACCUAAAGAACGCUUGGGAGAAAGGACUUCUUUGUUGAAAUUAGCUCUCUCGACGCACAUUUCCUCAGAGCCCCCAAGAGUCUGCUAGCAAAACCGGGGGAGAUCAGACUUGACAUUCCCGGUAUUUUGAAGGCAAAACACAAGCAGGCAUAAAACUUCAAACUGCUUCGGCUUUGGGCAUCCAUGCCCAAGGAGUACAGAGCCAGCUGGUGGAGCUCCUUGGCUGGUUACCUCUGGAGCUACUGAGCAUGUGAUGCAGGGAUAGCAUCUGGGACUCAGAAAUAUAGGCCCCAAUCGUUAGCCACAGUACAACUCAGGCUCAGGGCACUCCCGCAUCUCAUUCUGGGCCGACUCUGUGCUGAAUUUGUCCACAGCCUAAGUUAGAGUAGCAAGAAGACUGCUCUAAUUUAUGCUGGGUGCCUACAUCUCUGAGUGGUCGAUAGAUUCCAAGGCCAGAAGGGACCAUUGUGAUCAUCUAGUCUGACCUUCUGUAACACGGGCCAGAGAACUGCCCCACAAUAACUCCUAGAACUGAGCUUUCAGAAAAACAGCCAGUCUUGAUUUAAACAUUGUCAGUGACGGAGAGUCCACCACAAACCUUGUAAGUUGUUGCAGGGGUUAAUUACCCUCACUGUUAAAAAUGUACGCCUUAUUUCAAGUCUGAAUUUGUUUUGCUUCAGCAUUUAGCCAUUGGAUUGUGUUAGACCUUUCUCUGCUAGAUUGA